ACUGUCCCUUUAACACGAGCACGUGGUACACGCAAACAUCCGGUUUUCAGAAAAUGGAAAUAACAUUGCAACAAUGUUUUGACACACAGCUUUGACGCGCGGAGGCUUCCUAAACUAUGGAGGCAGGCAGCCUUGUCUCAUGCCGAGAGGACAUUUCUUCGCUGUUUCCUGAGCAAACGCCGGGUGCCAAAUAUAAAGAUUUAAGCAGCCAGUUUUCCUCCGUCAGACAAGUGCGCGGAGAUGGGAACUGCUUCUACAGAGCCCUCUGCUUCGCAUACUUGGAGUCUCUCCUGCACAAUGCCAGGGCUUUGCAGAGGUUUAAGGAGAAAAUUGUACAAACCUGUGAAGACUUCUCUUCUGCGGGAUUCGAUGAGAGCUCCUUCAGGCACCACCUGAAUACAGUCGUAAAUGUUGUGGAGCAGUGCCAGGCGGAUGAGCAGGAAGACACGCUGCUCAAGCUCUUCAAUGAGCAGAUGACCUCCGACAGUGUAGUGCAAUAUCUCCGGCUGCUCACUUCAGCUCACCUGCAAAACCAGGCGGACUUCUUCUGCAACUUUGUGGAGGCACCCAAUCUACUGGCCUACUGUCAUCAAGAAGUGGAGGUCAUGGCGAUGGAGUGCGAUCAUGUGGACAUCUUAGCUCUGUCACAGGCCCUGGAUAUUUGCAUCCACAUCGUCUCCAUGGAGGGUGACGAGCAGCAGUUGGCUCAUCACGUCAUUCCAGAGGGUGCUGAGCCCUCCCUGCACCUCCUCUACCAAACGUCACAUUAUAACAUUCUCUACCCCCGACCACAACGCUGACCAGAGAUCCACUCGGACUCGGCUCAUCUCAGGAACACUGACUUUGGUUGAAUAAAAUCCCAACUGAGCUCAAAGACGCUUAUAAAAACAGAUUUUUAUAAAGUCUUGCAGUGUACAGCAAUUCAACAUCAUCUGGAAAUACAUUUUUUUGCACAUUUUGCAUUAAGUGUUAAAAUGAAUUGAAUGUAUGUAAAAAAUUACGUAAAUCAACAACUACACAAAUCCUGUCAGAGAUGGCCUUUCUAAUGCACA